AUGGACCGGGAUCGCGAGAGCGACCGUCCCCGGCUUUCGCUCCUCGUGCGUAACUUGAGUUUCCAUUCAAGUCCGGAAGAAGUGCGAGAGGCCUUUGCGGAGUUUGGUCCGAUCCGCGACGUGUAUCUUCCGCUGGACUACCACACCGGAGAACCACGAGGCUUCGGUUUUGUUGAGUUCGAAUCAAGCCAAGAUGCAUAUGACGCCAUGCACCAGCUUCACAAUACGGUGCUUAGCGGGUCAACAAUUCAUGUUACAAUAGCGAAAAAAGGCCGCUCAGAUCCGCUGCAAAUGAGACGUAGAGAGCUUCGCGGCGAUUUCAACAGGGCAAGUAGAAAACAAACAGGCCCGCGAGGGCGUUGGAACUUGUCCAGGUCGCCGCCAUACCGCAGCAGGCACUCGGCGGAAGGGCGCCACCAUAACAACAGCGAUGGCUCGAUUUCAUCACGACGGCCAUGCAGGUCUUGGAGCAGGGACCGCAGUCGCAGGGAGAGCAGCCGCUCAUCUUCGAGACGCAGAAGAAGUCCGUCUUUCCGCCGAGACCGGCGCUGUGCCUCCAGGAGCCGAAGUAGCUCUUGGGAUCAAAGCAGAAGAAGGUGCGAAUGUAACGUUUCGUCGUGCUUUCCCCCUGGUUUUCUGGGUCUUCAUUUUUUCGACUUACACCAGAUUCACACAGAGGUGAUGCAACCGUGUAGAGCAAGCGAAUGA